AUGCGUCGAACCGAGACCUUGAAGAUUGACACAUCAAGGUACAAGGGAACCGAUGAAGAUUCCGUUUUGGAUGUUCGUCGAGUCAUACGACGCUAUCGAGCUCGUCACAUCGAGGGUGACGAGAUGCAAGUCAUCUUCGUCCUGUCAAAUUUGACAGGACGAGCAAAGACGUGGGCCUUAGGGCUCAAGCUUCACGACUCAAACGUGUUUAAGUCGUCAAAGAUCUUGAAGUCUCGGCUCAAAGAAACAGGUGAGCCACCGAAAGCCGAGUUCAGAGCACGCUCUGCACUCUUGAGGCUCAAGCAAGGUAAGCGUGACGUGCACGAUUAUGCACACCAUCUACGCUACCUUGCGAUCAGCGUCACGAAAAACCCUGUUGAUGAGCACACGCUCAUCAACGUGUUCACCUACGGCCUUGUGGAUGGGCCGGUGAAGACCUACAUGUAUCGAUAG